AGGGCGGGAAGCGCGCGCAGGUUGGUUGGCGGGAAUUCUCUCAGUCCGGAGCUCAGAGAGAGAAGCAGCAGCUGAUCGGAGAGCAGUAGCUCCUGUCGGAGAACCGAGACAGCAGCAGCUGCCGGUCCUGCUCACCUCUCCGCCUCCCAGCGCUGCUUUAGGACAGCUGCUCCGCGGGAACACCGUGCCCGGGCUCCGGGGAGGAGGACUGAGGGACUGGGAGCAGCUGAAGACCCGAGAGCUUCUUCUCAAACUGAGGAGGAGCAAUGCCUGAGGAGCACUGAGGACCGGGCAGGAGACAUGAAGCAGGAGCGGAGAGAGAUUACUGAGAUCAUUACCUUUAACAUUAAUGAAACGGACAGAGCUUUAUAUCAGAUCUGAGAGAAACUAAAACAUGGAUACAUGUCUGAGGAGACUGAGACAAGAGCUGCUCUCUAUGAAGGAGGCUGGUGAUGGUCUUCAUGCUCAGAUGACCUCGAUGAUGGGAGCUCUGCAAGAACUCAAACUUCUUCAAGUCCAAACCGCACUUGAGCAGCUAGAGAUCUCUGGAAAGUCGAGCUGCGUGACUCAGGCUCCAGCCAAACCGUCUAAUCCUGCCCCUGACCUUGAGGAGCAGCGACGUCAGCUUUCUCGAACCCCCAGCCAAGAAGAUCAAGGACAGCUUCCGCAUCCCCAUCCCAGCAGCAUUGGGACUUCGCCCUCGACCUCCAGCUUAGAGAGCGAGAGCACGCCUUUGCCUAGGAGAAUCUCAGGAUACACUGCACCACAAGUGGAAUACUGUGGCCCGAAGGUGUGCCAGCCCCCCAUGGAGUACCACCAUGACCAGACCCAACCUGCACAUGUGUCCCAAGUGGAUCUGUCUGGGAUUCUCUACAGCCUCUCACGAGAGGGACCUUCCCUGGACAGUGACUACACAGAGGACAGCUUGGACGACUCCAGCGACUGGACCUCCUCACUUAUGAGCCGCAGUCGCAACCGCCAGCCUCUAGUGUUGGGCGACAACGUGCUUGCUGACCUUGUUGGCAACUGGCUGGACCUUCCAGAGCUGGAAAAAGACUGCGACGAAGGAGAGAGAGGACUUAGUAGACCGGACUCUCCAGCUCAUCCGCUUCACCCGAGUCGAUCACAAGAGUUCUGCAAAAAGUUUUCACUGACCAGUAACUUCUUCAAGAAGUUCCUGCGCAGUGUGAGACCUGACCGGGAGAAGUUGUUGAAGGAGAAACCUGGAUGGAUGCCACCAGGUCACGAUCCACAGGCUGAGCUAUUGAAGAGACCCAAGAAAGCAGGCAAAACCAAGGGCAGUUUCUACUUGCCGUUUUGGGCAGGGGGACAGCAGGCAAAGGGUAGGCCUUGCCCUCAGCCAGUAGAGGAAAGGAGCCAGUUCCUAGGACUUUACAUUGACAGGAGGCCUACAGAACCAGUGGAGAAGGUCCAGCCACUGUUUGACUACAAUACAGCUGUUUGGGUUUAGCAGGAGGACAUUAGCAGGGGGCCAAGUCUUAUCUGUAAAGGGCAAGUGCAUUUGCAGGUUUUCAUCGUAAGCAACCAGCGGCACAGGCAUUUGAUUUUACUUGUUGUUCACCUGUUAAAACAUUGGUUUGUCUUAAAGCAGCUGAUGUGAUGUGCAUAUGCUUGUCUGGAAUGAAAACUGCCAGCCACUUCGGCCUUUUGCAGAUAAGAUUGGACACCCCUGGCUUACAGGAUGGGUGGAAAACAGCUGGAAAUUGGGGUUUGGAAUAAAAAAAAACUGACUGAGAUUAAAAAGGAUUUGAUUCAGACUGCAUAGCUGACAAUCUAAUAGAACCCUCAGGGUGUGAAAGUAGGUCUUCCUCUCAUGAUGAAUCGUCGCUGGCUCUACUUAACUCAAUGAGAAAAUGAAUACGCUGCACCCUUCCACUGAUGUACUUUAUGGUUUAAAUUUUUUGCUCUAAUUGUUUUUCCAUCCACUCCUCUACCCUCAGUAAUCAUGUUUACUAGUCCAAGUAUUGCUGCAUGUAAAGCAACUGUGCUUCCUUUGUCACUGUUUCCUGUUGCACAAAAACCUACCUUUGUAUCCACGUAGUACUGAAAAAAAUACCAGGGACUUCUGUCUAUCUUUAUCCAGGUAUAAAAGAGGUUACUCUUGACUGAUCCAGGAAAACUGCUUGGCACACAUUUACUUCGGGCUCUGUUUUCAGGGGUUACAUUAUUCAUGGCACAGAGAGAGAGAGGGAAAGAGAAAGAGAGCGAAACAGCUUAAAGCCAUCUGCUUCUCCACGCUUACAUAAAGCUCUGUCUUCAGUACGUCAGAGACGUGGGACAGACAGAGGAGCUGUCAAACUGCCUCUUAAUCAACACUACACUCAACACUGAUGACACUACCAGUGUACACCACCAUUGUACACGUAACAGUAAACCACGGCCAAAGAUGAAGCAGCACACAGUAUUUAGAUAUUCUUACUUACCAUUGUAUCAACCUAUAAUCUUUCCCUUAAAGGAAAAAACGAAAACAAAAUUACACCCUUGUUUUUCUCAGAGAUCAGAAACUUUCAACACAUAAGAGGUCAUAUAUUCACAGCUGGCCUGGUCACUGUAAUCUACGUCUACAAUCAGAUUAACAACCACUUCACGAGAUCAUAGCACCUGAAGACACACCUAAUCCCUUUUUAAUCCUACUCAAUCUGCAACAGAGGGAAUACUGAGGCAAUAUGAGACUACUUACAGAGGUUUUUUUGUUAGUCUGCAGAUGGGAUUGGAAUCAAAAAAUGCUAACAAAAGCUAAAAAAAAAAUGACCUUGUAUGGUGAGCUCAUCUGUUAUAUGAUAAGAUGUAAUUCACUGGAUAUAAAGCACUGAAAAGGAUCACUAAAGCUAAUCAACAUAAGUCUUUAUUAUGUUCAGCAUGUACUAUACUUGAUAAGGGUGUGGUUACAGAACCUCUAAACGCAUUUUUAAUUCAGAAAGUUCCAGCACUGUUAUGCAAACAGCAAUUAGGCCUGUCAUGAUAAUUAUUAUUGCCAACAAUAUAUAUAUAAAAACAAACCUGAUUUUUAUUUAUUGUGUUUUUUUUUUUUUUUUGCUGACCGAUAUUCCCCAUUGUGUAUAUUGAGGCGUAUUUAUGUUGUUUUGUUAUUUUACCUGAUCUGUGCCAGAAGUGAGCACAAAGGAACAUCGGUCUUGUAGGAAUAGAGUUGAGAACUAUGGAUUAACUGUCAGAUAAGUUUAACCAUAAUAGUGUUGAAUACAGUUUUACUGCUGCUGUUGUCUUUCACACUGUUUAAUCAUUAAGUCAUUCACAUACAGUAUUUGUAGGUUGUAUUCCAACGCAAGACAAAUGGCUCAAAUCUGAUUUUACAUCCAAAUCCAAAGCUGUUCACAAAAUCUUUUUAAAUGUGUCCAUUUAUGAAAUCAAUCUGAACAGUUUGUGCUUUUUAAGUGGCAUGCAAGCGCUAAAAAGCAUUGCUUCAUGUGAAGUUUCGGUUUCAUUAUUGUCAGAAUCUCAUUAACUAUAAGUGAGUUCAGGUUGCAGUUGGAAUUAUCACAGAGAAAUUCAUUCGAGCCUCGCUGAAAAAAGGACACAGUAUGCAGACACAAAGUUUUUUUUUUUUUUUCUGUAGCCACAUUCUGCCAAUUCAUUAGGAACACCGCAUGGCUAAGACAAAAGCCUUUAAGUAUUAUUGGAACAGAGCUCUGUUAACUUAAUUUAUCCCCACUGAAAUCUUCAACUCGCCGCUGCUGUCCAUUUUGGAUUCUACUCACAGUCAUUUUGCCAUCUAUUCAAAGUCUUUUUUUCCUUUUUCUUGAUUUAAAAGCACAUGAAUUCCCAAUCUGGCCAUUCAGACAGAGUUGCGUUGCUGCAGUUUAGAUAUGUGUUGGAUUUCAAUACCACAUAUUGAAGUGCCCAAAUUGACAAUGUUAGAUUUAAAGUGUUUUUUUGCUGUUUACACAUCCUCACAAUCCACACAUCUAUGUCACAUAUGAUGUAAAAAAAUAAUAAUUUGGAUCACGUUUGAAUUGGUUUGGAAACAUGUUAGCAUUAAGCCAAAUGAGUGGAGAGCCCAUUAACAUAAAAGCUGAGCACUGUUGUGUCACAUUUGUUUAAAAAAGCGGUUUCAUCUAAUUUAUGUUCUAUUUAUGUAGUUUAUUUAAACAAUAUAUAUUUAUAUAUUACAAUUCAAUGUCAGAAUAUUCUUCAUUAUUUUACAAAAAAAAACAUCAUGACAGGCCUAAAUGCAAUGACCUCUAAAAUGUAUAACAUUAUAAAUAAUGGUGGGAAUUACAGGGCAUCUCAUGAUACAAUAUUAUUUAUUUAAUUAGUGCCACAUGGAGUAAUGAAGCAGUAACUUUAGUAAGUCAAAUUGGGGUGAUACUUAAAGGAGCACUAAAUCCCCCCUGAUUUUUGCUGACUCCACCCUCAGCUCAAAUUUGAAAAAGGCUUAAAAUGGGAGGGGUAGUUUAAGAGGGGCACUGGGUGAUGUAUGGGUUUAGAGACAGGGAAGGAGGGACAGCUGAUUGGCUGAGCUGCAGCAGCAGCAGUGUGCCUCUGGUAGUGGUGAGACGUAUAUAAUUGGACAUCAGCAGGGGACAUUAUUGAUGGCUGAUCUACAUAUUGUGAUGUAUCUGUAAUGUAUCGCAAAAGAAAAGAUACGAUAUAUAGCAAUACUGAUAUUUUUUCCCACUCCUAAUUAUAACAGUAAAAAAAUCGAGAGACAAAUUGUAAAGCAAUACAGCAGACGACUGGGUGUACUUUCUGCAUCAUUAACAGUUAACCAAAACUCAUCACACAAGCAAAUCCAAACUUUAGAAAGGGUACAUGCUGAUACACAAAAGCCAUACUGAGCUCUGACGGUACAAAGAUUAUUCAAAUAUGUCAACGGUUGUUUUUUAUAGAAUUUGGAAAGACUUUUGUACCCAAGUGAGAUUUGUAAGUUGGAAAAGUAAUUUUGCUGGGCAAAGUUAAUUAAAGCCUCUCUGAGAGGGUGGUUUGUACAGAACUGAAUAUAGAAAUGUACUGUAUAAAUGGUGCUUUUUAUGUCUCAGAUGUCUAGUUUGUACAUGUUUUAGCAAAGCAGAUAACUGUAACUUCCAGUCACUGAUUCUAUAAACUGAAACACUGUUUUAUGAA